AUGAUGGACCCGGUGAGUGACACGCGUGACGUGCCUCUAGAAGAGCGUCUGCGUCAGAAAACGCAGGGAUUUGCCAUGCAAAAGGAAAAGGAAAAAUUCAUAGCUACAGAAGGUCAUAGGGUGCGCAGAGACAACAAGAAUCAGCCGCUGGAGCUGUCGUCGAAGCGCGCCGUUGGACGGUUCCGACAAGUCGUAGAAGUCAAGAAGAAGCGGUUAUUGGAUCCACGAUUUGAGGCUCAAAGUGGACGUUUGAAUGAAGAUUUGUUUAAUAAAAGCUAUGCGUUCCUGGAUGAGUACAAGCAGCGUGAGCUGCAGCAACUGAAGCAAGAGCUUAAGAAAACCACGGAUGUGGCCAAGAAAGAGGAGCUCAAGCACGAUAUUGCAUUGAGGAAACAGGAGAUGGCGGAGAAGCAAAAGAGAGAGAAGAUUCAGAGUACAUUGAUCAAAAGGAAGCGAGAAGAAAGAGAGGCGGUUGCAAGUGGCAAGGGUGCAUUUUAUCUCAAGCGGAAGGAUAAGAAGAAAUUGGAGCUACAAGCCAAGUUCCAAGACUUGCAGGAAACUGGAAGACUAUCCAAAUUCAUGGCCAAGAAACGCAAGAAAAACGCCAGCAAGGAUCAUAGGUGGCUGCCUACACAGCGGAAAUAG